AUGGUACACGACCACCACCAUCAUCACACCCGCCGUGAUUGGCUUUCCGAUAUAGACAGCUGGUUAGGAAUCGACGAUGGGGAUGAUGGCAAUUCACGCGGUGGUCAUCAAGCGACUGAGCAACCUGAGUCCGCCGUUUCCACUAUUGUUAUGACGGCGGACCCUACUACCAUCACUAAAAAGCCAGAGACAACUGUGCCUGCAGGACUGGGCCCUCCCGUACAACAGACACAUGCGACUGAAACCACCCACACCACCAAACCCAAGGAAACUACCACCACGACGCACACGACAAGUACGAGUACUACGAAGAAAAGUACAAGCACAAGCACGAGCACGAGCACCAGUACCAGUACCAGUACCAGCACGACAAAGACAACUAGUACCACCGAUUCUACUUCGACCAGUUCUACGUCAACAACUAGCACAACAAGGGACCCUCGCACAACCACUUUCUCAACAGCCACUACGGCAACUGCCGCUCUUUCUACCACGACAGCUCUAACUGCUGCUUUGGACCAGGCCUCUUCUACCUCUACUCCCUCUGCCUCGGCCUCCGCUGCAGCAUCUAGUUCUGGCGGCAUUUCUGGCGGAGCAAAGGCCGGGAUUGCCAUUGGGAUUUUGCUAGGAUUGGCUGCCAUUGCGGGAAUAGUCCUCUUCUGGCUGCACAGGCAGAAGAAGCGAAAGCGAGAAGAGGAGGCAGCCGAAGCUGCUGCUAUCGAUAGAGAGAAGUCGUUUGCUCCCGCUCCUACUUCUCAGCCCGCGAGGAAUUAUAACUCGAACUCGACUGCUCCUACACCUCCCUUCGGCGCGCGCCCAGCUAAUCAAUUCAAUCCCGCAUAUGGUCAGUCAGCAGCGGUAGGUGCAGGGGUUGGUGCAGGAAUCGCUGGUGCUGCUGCUGCCGGCGCUGCAUCCAACGCUUCGCGAGGAAAUCAAGGUCCUUGGUCGGCGAAUUCGACCUCGCGUUCAACUCGCCAGGAUCCAUUCACCGAUCCUGAGAAUCCUUUCGAUGCUAGUGCUCGGUCGUCACCACCAACACCUCUCGCUAAAGAUGGCUCUGUACAAUCCUCUCAAGUCAGGGAGCUGACCCCCUCGCCGACCGGAAGCGGUUCGGCGGUUCCCAGUUCUCUCACCGCUGGCAAACCCCCCACGCCUUCAGGAGAAGCGGUUGCUGCUGGUGUCGCUGCUGGAGCCCUUGGCGGAGCAGCCAUCGCAGCAGCAGCAGGCAACCGCACACCGUCCCCUGAAUACCGGGAAGGAAGCCCCGAAAACGGUUACAGCUCUCGUCCUCAAUCUCCAGCUAUGGGUGGUGGCGCGCCGCUCGCUAGCAAUGUUCAUCGUGUCCAGAUGGGCUUCACACCGUCCUUGGCGGACGAGAUGGAAUUGCGAGCUGGUCAAUUAGUGAGAAUACUGAAGGCCUAUGAUGACGGAUGGACACAAUGCUCCAGUAUGGAUGGAUCAGUACAAGGUAUCGCACCACGCAGCUGUCUUUCGGCGCGACCUUUGCAGCCACGCAGACCACCUGGUCCUGGCCAAGGACCUCCUCGUGGUGGUCCCCCAAUCAUGGGACCAAAUGGUAGACCAAUGUCUCCUGCUGGUGCUCGUCCUCCCAACGGAGGAGGUCCACCACGUUUCUACCAGGACGGUCGCCCAAUGACUCCUACCCAACCCUUCCCUGCUCCUCCUACCGGCUCGCGUUCGAUGUCUCCAGGACCUAGCGAGAUGCCGCGCCCCUUGACUCCUGGAGGAUCCUCGCGUCCUUCGAGCCCAAGCACAAGCAAUAACAACAACACCGGACGAGCACGAAGCAACAGUUCUAACCUUGCGCAAAAUAAUCGGCCAAUCGUUCAAGCGGGUCCCAGUCCUCUGGCUCCGCCAACAGGUCCCUUGCCCAGUACUCCCGUGCAAGCCAACGAUCAGUUACAGGCAUCAGCAUCUAUUGGCAGAAAGCCAGUUCCUGGUCAAGAAUAG